AUGGAUAUUAAUCAAAGUGAAGUAGCACAAUUAAAAGAAUAUAGAGAAAAGGUAUAUAAAAAGUCAUUUGAUGCAAAGUUGGUGAUAGAGUUUCUCCGAUUCCUUAGAAUCACAAAGCUUAGAUCAACAAGAUUGGUAGCAGACUUGGGUUCUACUCUUUUAUCUAAAUACUUUUCAAAGAUUACUACAGAGAAUGAAGUGACUAAUACUUUCUCUGUUUGUGUAGCAUAUGAUAUUGUUGAACAAGUUGUAUUGGCAUUAUUAGAAUGUAACAAAGCAAAGGAAGCAUCAGAAUUUAUAGAAGAUAGAUUGGUUAAAAAGUUUGGAGAAAAGAGUGUAAGAGUAUCGAGAUUGCGAGCUAUGCAAUUAGAGUGUAGCAAUACCUUUGGCAAAGCAAACGAUAUCUAUGUAGGUGUAUUGGAAAAAUAUCCGGCCGAUCAAUUGACCAUGAAGAGACAAGUAUCCAUCUUGAAAUCAAAGGGUCAAUAUCAACAAGCCAUCACAAUGUUAAAUACCUAUCUUCAAGCUUUUAUGAUUGAUCCUGAAGCUUGGUUAGAAUUGGCUCAUCUAAAUAUUAAAUUAUUAUCAUUCAAGAAUGCAAUGUUUUGUUAUGAAGAAUUAAUAUUGGCAGCACCAAUCAAUUACAUUUAUUAUGUUAAAUAUGCAGAGUUGAUUUAUAGUAUAGGAGGUGCUGAAAACUAUAUCGUCGCUCUUAAAUACUAUACUCAUUCACUCGAACUUAAUAAUCACACCUCUCAAGAUAAUGCUAUUCCUCCAACUAAUCUAACUGCUCUUUAUGGUAUCAUUAUGUGUAUAUUUUCAUUCUGUAAUACACAUGGUUAUGGAACUACUAAACUUCGCGAGCCACAAAUCGAAUUGUAUCAAUGGUGUCAAUCUGAAUUGCGUGCCAUCACUGCCAAAUACACUCCUCACAAGUUAUCAAUAGUCAAUGCUUUUAUUCAACAUACCGACGUUCUCAAUAAAUAA